UAGUUUCCGGCGUGGUUGCUUAGCCACGCCCCCAUUUUAUCUCCACUUCCUGUAAACAAAGCAGCAGCUGUGAGCCUGUGUACGCCAGAGGAUUCCUGUGCUUUCCGUCAUUGUCUGCCUCCUCGGAAGGUUUUUUUUUGUUUUUUUAAAGAUGGCCCAGGGCGGAGUGGUUCUGGACAAGGACCAGUUCAACUGUUCCAUAUGCCUCGACGUGCUGAAGAACCCGGUGACCAUCCCCUGCGGCCAUAGCUACUGCUCGGACUGCAUCCAGAACUACUGGGACCAGGACGACUUCCUCGGCAUCUUCGUCUGCCCACAGUGCCGACAGAGCUUCAGCCCGAGGCCCUUCCUCGCCAGGAACACCAUGCUGGCCGACGUGGUGGAGAAAUUCAAGCGGACCGGCCUCCAGGACGCUCCGGCGCCGGCGGAGAACCGCUGUCCGGCCGAACCCGACGACGUGGAGUGCGACGUCUGCGCCGGGAGGAAGAGCAAGGCUGUCAAGUCCUGCCUGGUGUGCCUGGCCUCCUACUGCGAGCUCCACCUGCAGCCUCACUACGAGUCGGCCGCCUUCAAGAAGCACAAGCUGGUGUCGGCCUCCAAGCGGCUCCAGGAGACGAUCUGUCCCCGGCACGACAAGCUGCUGGAGGUGUACUGCCGCACCGACGGCCGCUGCAUCUGCUACCUGUGUCUGACGGACGAGCACAAGGGCCACGACACGGUGCUGGCCGAGGCGGAGAUCCAGCACAUGCAGAGGCAGCUCGGUGACAUGAAACAGCGCUCGCAGCGGGAGAUCCAGCAGCGAGAAAAGGAGGCGCAGGACCUGAGGCAGGCCAUCUUCUCCCUGGCUCGCUCGGCUCGGGCCGCAGCCGAGGAGAGCGACGCCGUCUUCACCGAGCUGAUUCGCCUGAUGGAGCUGAAGCGCUUUGAAGUGAGAGAGCUGAUCAAAUCGCAGGAGAAGACGGCCGCCGGGGAAGCCGAGCAGCUGCUGGAGAAGAUCCAGAAGGAAAUCGCCGAGCUGAGGAAGAACGAGGCCGAGCUGGACCUGCUGUCCCAAAGCGAGGACCCCGUCCAGUUCCUACAGAGUUGUCAGUCCCUUCAUGCUUCGCCUGCGCUGUCGCCGUCUCCUCUGCUCAACCCGAACCCCUGCCUCUCCUUCAGCCCCGUCAUGACGGCUGUGUCCGACUUCAAGGGGCUGCUGCACGAAGUGUGCCAGGGGGGAUUUGUCAGCAUCUAUGAGAAAAUGAAAGAUGUAACAAUCGUGAUGCCUGAAAAUCCUGAAGCUCAGGGUGACCCUGACCUCGCCGGUGAGGCUGGGGCAGCCGCGCACACGGAGUCGCCACUAGGGCUGCCUCCAUUUGGUCUGGACCAACCGGCUGCCAGUCCCCUGAACCCGUUCCUCGCUCCAGGACCCGCCGGGGCCACGUUUGCCUUCUCACCGUUUGGUUCCAAACUCGCCACCGGAUCCAGACAAAGGCACCUGCAGCGACGGCCUCACUCCAGAAGAAGAUGAACCCUGCUGCACAUCAGCCUGAAUGUUACACAUGCAUCCCCAACAUCAGCUCUCUCGUCAUAAAAGUGAAGAACGAGACCUCUCCACUUCUUUUAUCUGUUGACAUUAGGCUUUAAUUUCAGCUGUAUUUGAGUAUUUAUUUACAGAUGACGUGACUGUGCAUUUAACUUGGUAUUUAGCGGCUGAAAACUUGACCGACCUACUACACAGUAUUUCAGUAUUACUAAGGAUGACUCUGUAGUAGUGAUGUGUUGUAGAUUUUAUGCUUUUAUAAGUAUUCAUUUUUUUUAUUUUAACCAAAGCUUUGUGAACAGUUAUUUUCUUUUGGAGACUCAUUUGUAACACAUAAAAAAAAAAAAACAUCUGCCCCAAUGUA